UGAAGCUAUACGGACAGUGUAAUAUACGUACAUGUACAGUGUACAUGUACAUGAUGUACUGCUGCUGGAACGUAUGGAACUGACGAGUUAACAUUUUGCAAAUUGUUACAAAAACUACGUGAACAUGGGCGAUCUCCAGUACCUUCUCUUUGGAGCAUGUAUGCUUUGCUGCUUCUCGUCGAUUAAAGGGUAUUUUAUUGCCAUAGAUGCUCAUGCUGAGGAGUGCUUUCACGACAAAGUCACCUCUGGAACAAAGAUGGCCCUGACUUUUGAAGUGGCAGAGGGUGGUUUUCUUGACAUCGAUGUCAAGAUCACUGGACCAGACAACAAAGUCAUCUACUCUGGAGAAAGAGAGUCCAAUGGCAAGUAUACCUUCUCAGCGCACAUGGAUGGCCAAUACCGCUACUGCUUCAGCAACAGGAUGUCCACCAUGACCCCGAAGGUCGUCAUGUUUUCCAUCGAUAUCGGGGAUUCCCCAAAAGACCAGUCUAUGGACACAGAGGAGCAUCAUAACAAACUGGAGGAUAUGAUUAACCAACUGGCCACAGGACUGACAGCCGUGAAACAUGAACAGGAGUACAUGGAGGUCAGAGAAAGAGUUCAUAGGUCAAUCAAUGACAACACAAACUCCAGAGUGGUCUUAUGGUCAUUCUUUGAAAGCUUGGUACUGGUUGCUAUGACGCUGGGCCAAGUGUACUACCUCAAGCGCUUCUUCGAAGUUAGGAGGGUGGUUUAAUCUUUACUUGUUCAAAUUACCUGCCACAGGACAGUUACAAGUUUUUUUGAAACUCUGUUCGUCUGAAAAUUGUAAUUUAGUUGGACAUGCAACUUCAUAUUUAUCCCAUUGCUGAUUUAAUCUGCCACUGUCAGCUAAAAAGUCAGCACGCUGAAUGAUAAAAGCAAUAUAUGACAAAAUAGAUCACUGGCAAACUACAUGAGGUGCCUGGAUCCUUCGAGGUCCCAAGUUGUUAAGAAUUUGUGUUUUGACUCUUAACUGUCCUGUGGCAUUAUGAAGCAAUUUUGAAGUAUUUUUCUGGCACGGAUGUCAAUCAAACUUGGGUAACUCCACAUUUUUGUAAGUCCCCCGGACAUAAUACCUGCAUAUACGUAUGACAAGUGGAGAACCCAGUCAUUUGCGCUUCAUGUGCCAUUUAAAUAUUUUUUCUGUUGAUAUUGCAGUAAUUUUUUUCUUUUUAUUUUUGCUCUUUUCUUCAAGCUAGACCUGUUUCUCUCGUCAUUUUACCAUGUGCCAAUAUAAUUUGGUAAUGUUUAUGAAAUCCCUCAGUUCUACACCUAAUUUUGUGAAUCAUUGUUUUGGUGGAUUCUUGUUUCUUGCUUAGGUUGUAGUGAAUGUUUAACAGUACACUACAAAUUUGAAAGCAGGUAUUUCUUUUGGGAAUACAGUGCAAAUGACUGGGAAAAAAAAGGGUCAAAUUGAAUGUCAGUUGCCUGUUUAAAAAUAGUCACCUUCCAUGGGUAAUUUUGGAUAUCGCAUAUGUACACUUAAAGAUGAAACUACCAAGAGCAAGGCAGGGCUGGAGAUCAGGAAGUGCAGGCAAUGCAGGAUACCCCUGUCUGGAGUUAGAAAAACUAGUCUGUGCUUGAACUAGUUCACACAAGAGCCGUGUAUGGAGAGUUACAAUAUAAGUGUCACCACUGUUAGGAACAAUUUUGCCACUGGACAUGGACAGUUGGCAUACAAUAGGCGCACGCUCUACUGUCCACGUAAUGAACGGCCAUUUUCUUCCAAAAUCUGAAGCUGGUGCUGCUCUCCCUUUAUGCAGCUCUGGUUUGCACCAUACUUCUCUCUGUUGCCACCGUGUUUGUACUCAUUUGUGACCACAGAAUGCAAGUAUUGAAAUUACAUUUACCGGCAAAUACAUGUAUUUCCAAGGCAUAGUUAUUUACAUACUUUGCAAAAUGCCAGGUGUUUCCAGUAUUUUAAAAGCAUUUAACACAUUGACACCUGCAGAAAGAAGAUCUUGUUUUGUGUUACUCAUUAUUUUUCAGCUUUGCAUUUUUUUCGCUUUGACUGCACUGCAUGGUGGCACAUUUGAUAUCAAGAUAUUGUACACCAUAAACAACUUGUCUGGCUUUUCAGGUUUUCUGCACAUAAAUAUGGAUUUUUUUCAUCAUUUACUUGUCACAAAUCCACAGGUUCUGUACAUGAUGAUUUCCGUGUUGAAAUUUCACUUAAUUCUUGACAAAAGUUUGUGUUCCUUUUUCGCCAGAUGUACUUUAUUUGCGACUUCCCUCUUUUUUGGUGUAGGAAUGUUACACAUUGAUUUGUCAUGUUUGUGUAUUUUUGAAAAUAAAAUCUUUGGUGGUGAAAAACCAA